AUGACUGCAAUUCCAAUUCCUAUGGCCAUGUCCUCUCGCUCCCUCUCUUCUACCUCCGACAUGCAGUCCCCCUUCAACUACGACUCUUACUCCUCCUACUCUUCCUCCCCGGGUGGUAUGGAUUUCUUCUAUGGUGGCCAGCCUGUCUACGACUCGCUUUGCGACCUCAACCCAACAUCCUUCCCCAUGCAAGAGGUCACCCCCGAGGUCUACGGCAUCACCAGUAGCCCAUACACCUACGCCUCCCCGCAUGAGUACCCUGAAUUCCCAGUCUACACCCCGCGCCUGGUACCCCAAAGCACACCGAGCAGCUGUGGAAGUAGCUACAGCAGCAGCUACAGCAGCAGCUUCAACUUUCCCGCCGAGGACAUCGCAUUGCCCCAAUACCCUAGCACCCUUUACGACUCUGGAUCCGACUCACCUGCUCCUACUACAUCUUCUUCCUCUAAGCCUGCAGGCGCUAAGCCUUUCGCAUGCGACAACUGCGGUCGAGCUUUCACCCGUUGCGCCGACCUAAAGCGCCACCAGUCCAGCGUCCACUACCCGGUCUUCCGUAACUGCCCCGUGGACCACUGCUCACGCAAGGGUAGCAAUGGAUUCCCACGACAGGAUCACCUCGUCGAACACCUGCGCUCAUACCACCACAUGGAUGUUCCCAAGCGGGGAUCUUCCAAGCGAUCCGCGAAGCACAUUUCAUGA